AUGCAGUUCUUCCAGACCAUCCUCCUCCUCGGCGCCGCCGCCCUGGCCAUCGCCGCACCGGCCACCACGAACGACAACACUCUCGUCGAGAAGCGCUGCAUCGCCGACGGCGCCAGCUGCACCAACGACUACACUGGCUGCUGUAGCUCCCUGUGCGACAUCGCCCACGACGAAACCGCCACCUGCCUUUCUGCCUAG